GAUUUCAAUAAAAAGCCGAGAGACAACAGAGAGCCACUUCAGUCUGCGCUUUCCUCUCUGCUCUUCACUUCUCUUUAGUUUCACUAGCCAGCUUCACUGUUUUAAAUUUAGUUUUUACUUUCCCGCGUCUUUUGUCUUUUUUAAAACACUUAUAUUAUUUAUUCUAUCCGUUUAGAUUAAGUUUAUUUGAAAAAAAGAAAAGAAAAGAAAAUGCUCGCCGCUCGCUCUCCCCUGUCUAACAAUGAAAACACCAUCAGCGCCCAGGUCGGCAAAAUCUCCCUCCAUGUCGACAAGGAAAACACGCCUCCGAGCCUGAGCACCACGCGGAUCCUGGCGUCCAAAACGGCGCGGAAAAUCUUCGACGACACCGAGCCCAAAGCCACCAAGAAGAGCAGCACCGAGGAGGAGCCGCUGCUGAAGGAGAACCCGAGGCGCUUCGUCAUCUUCCCCAUCCAGUACCACGAUAUCUGGCAGAUGUACAAGAAGGCAGAGGCCUCCUUCUGGACAGCUGAAGAGGUUGAUCUGUCGAAGGACCUGCAGCACUGGGAGUCUCUGAAGGACGACGAGAGAUACUUCAUCUCCCACGUGCUGGCCUUCUUCGCAGCAAGUGACGGCAUCGUCAACGAGAAUCUGGUGGAGCGCUUCACACAGGAAGUGCAGGUGACGGAGGCGAGGUGUUUCUAUGGUUUCCAGAUCGCCAUGGAGAACAUCCACUCUGAGAUGUACAGCCUGCUCAUCGACACCUACAUCAAGGACUCCAAGGAGAGAGAAUACCUGUUCAACGCCAUCGAGACGAUGCCAUGUGUGAAGAAGAAGGCCGACUGGGCGAUCAACUGGAUCGGCAACAAGAAGGCUGAAUACGGAGAGCGCGUGGUUGCCUUUGCUGCCGUGGAGGGAAUCUUCUUCUCUGGUUCCUUCGCUGCCAUCUUCUGGCUGAAGAAGAGAGGCCUGAUGCCCGGCCUGACCUUCUCCAACGAGCUCAUCAGCAGAGACGAGGGUCUGCACUGUGACUUCGCCUGCCUGAUGUUCAAACACCUGGUGAACAAGCCGUCGUCAGAAACCGUCACCAAGAUCAUCAAGAACGCCGUGGAAAUCGAACAGGAGUUCCUGACUAAGGCUCUGCCCGUCAAGCUGAUCGGGAUGAACUGCGACCUGAUGAAGCAGUACAUCGAGUUCGUGGCCGACAGGCUGAUGCUGGAGCUCGGCUUCAACAAGAUCUACCGAGUGGAGAACCCCUUCGACUUCAUGGAGAACAUUUCCCUGGAGGGGAAGACCAACUUCUUCGAGAAGCGGGUGGGAGAGUACCAGAGGAUGGGCGUCAUGUCGGGCCCCACCGACAACACCUUCAGGCUGGACGCCGACUUCUGAGGACCCUGACAUGGACAGGUGGUGGUGGGGAGGGGACACAACAAAACACUUGAAGAAGCAGCAGCUGCUCCUCGCUGUUUUCACGCGGCGGCGGCUGUUCGGUCGCCGCGUCCAGAAAGAGUUUUCCCUUCUGGGUAAAGGUGCAGUGCGCAAAGAAGCAACAGAUGAAGCAUCAGAAACAUAACCCGGCUGGACUCGUCAGCCACUCUCACUACUUUACAGACAGAAAGACUUGCAGCAGCAGGAUGAAGCCGUUUGUUUCAAUAACCUCUUCAGCCAGUCAGAUUGUUAAUCUGCUGGAUUACAGGACCAUAAAGAGCACUGUAGCCCUGGGUUUGUUUUAUUUUUAUUUUUUUUUGUCUGUAUGCAUUCCAGCUAUUUUUUUAAACCUCUUAUCUGUGUUUUGUAAUAAUAAAAUAUAAAAUACAGCAUGCAGUACUUUUUCCUUGUUGUAAAUUAGCAUAUUGAGUCUUAGAUUUGUACAGAAUUUUUAAAGUUGAAUAAAGUAAAAAAACAUGUUAAAUGG